CGCUGGCCGGACCGUCAUGGCGGCGUCCAGCGAGGCAGGGGAGCGGCGGCCUUUCGGGAGGCGUCUCCUCACCGACCCCGCCCGGCUUUUCCAGCACAAUGCCUGGGAUAAUGUGGAAUGGUCAGAAGAGCAGGAAGCCAGUGCCAGGAGUAAAGUUCAAGAGAACAGCUCACAACUAUUGCCACAAGAUAAACAAGAGGAAUAUGAGGUGAAUGCUAAGAAAUACUGGGAUGACUUCUAUAAAAUCCAUGAAAAUGGCUUCUUCAAGGACAGGCACUGGCUGUUCACUGAAUUUCCUGAGCUGGCACCUCACAGGAACUCAAGCCAAAAUGGAGAUUCUGUGCAUGGAUUUAGUGACACAGAAGAAUCCAAAAAUGAAGGGCUAGGAAGCUGUGAAAAUGGCCAUUGCUCAUUGGAAACCAAGACAGAGAGUCAGUUAAACCUGAUAAAAAGCCCACCUGGAGGCCACACAGAGGAGCUGGCUGCACAGAAAGACAGUGAGCUGAGUCAGCGUCAUGGGCAUUACCCAGGAUCAGCUGCAUCUUACCGUAUAUUAGAGGUUGGCUGUGGGGCUGGGAAUACAGUCUUCCCAAUUUUACAAACCAACAAUGACCCAGGCCUGUUCGUUUAUUGCUGUGAUUUUUCUACAACAGCUGUGGAUCUUGUCCAGAACAGUGCAGAAUAUGAUUCUUCUCGCUGCUUUGCAUUUGUCCAUGACCUGUGCAAUGACCAAAGUCCUUUCCCAAUGCCAGAGGAGAGCCUUGACAUUGUUAUUCUUAUCUUUGUCCUCUCAGCAAUUCUCCCAGAGAAGAUGCAGUGCAUUGUGACCAGACUGAGUCGCCUUCUGAAACCAGGGGGAAUGAUUUUGUUACGAGAUUACGGCCGGUAUGAUCUCGCCCAACUUCGGUUUAAGAAAGGUCAAUGUCUGUCUGAUAACUUCUAUGUGAGAGGUGAUGGCACCAGAGUCUACUUCUUCACACAAGAUGAAUUAGAUCAUCUGUUCACCACAGCUGGGCUGGAAAAAAUCCAGAAUCUGGUUGAUCGGAGAUUGCAAGUGAACCGUGGGAAACAGAUGACAAUGUAUCGGGUGUGGAUCCAGUGCAAGUACUGCAAACCCCCCACCCUUCAGCCAUGAGGCAUGUGGACUUUGGGCUGGAGCUUCUUCAUCUCCUUCUGGUGACAUGUGUGUGAUGCCGUUCUGCACACCCAGGACCUCAGUGCCUUGUACCAUGCCUGGCAUCACUUCAAGUGAGUUCUGCUAAGGACGAAUGCCCUGAGAGUAGAGCAAGCAUUUUAGAUGUCAUAAAAUCACAGACUAUACUGAGUUGGGAAGGACCUGUGAAGAUCAAGUCCAACUCCUGGCCCUGCACAGGACACCCCAACAAUCCCACCCUGUGCCUGAAAGCAUUGUCCAAACACUCCUUGAGUUCUGGAAGCCUUGGGGCCGUGACCCAUUCCCUGAGGAACCUGUUCAGUGCCCAACCAGCCUUUGUGGGAAGAACCUCUUUCUGAUAUCCAGCCUAACCCUCCCUGGACACAGCUCUAGCCAUUUUCUCGAGUCCUGUCCCUGGUCAGGAGAGUGAAGAAAUUGGUUCCUGCUGCUCUGCUGUCCCUCAGGAGGAUGUUGAAGAUCCCAGCGAGGUCUGACCUCAGUGUCCUCCAUCUGAACAGACCAAGUGCCCUCAGCCAGUCUUCAUAUGGCUUACCCUCAAGGCUCUUCACCAUUCUCAUGGCCCUUCUCUGGAUGGUUCUAGUAGCUUAAUGUCUUUUUUAUCUUGUGGGGCCCAAAACUGUCCCCAGCACUUGAGGUGGGGCUGUCCCAAAGCAGAGCAGGACAAUCUCCUGCCUGACCAGGAAUGCUUUACCUAAUGCCCCAGGACACAGAUGUCCUUCCUGGCUGCCGGGGCUCUGCUGACUCAGGUUCAACUUGCCAUGGACCAGGACACCCAAGUCACUUCCUGCAGGUGCUCUCAGCCUCAUUCCCCAGUCCACCCACACAUCCAGCCUUGCCCCUUCCCACGUGCAGAAUCCAGCACUUUCCCUUGUUGAACUUCCCAUGAUUGGUGAUUGCCCAUUUCUCUGAUUUGUCAAGGUUUCUCUGGAGGCCCUCUCUGGCCCUGAGAGACUUGCCAGCUCCUCCCAGUUCACUGCAGACAGCAAACUUCCUUAGUAUUCCUUCAAGUCCUGCAUCCAGUUCUUUAAUGUGGAUGUUGAAGAGCACAGGCUUGAGAAGGGUGCCCUUUAAAUGUCAUGCUACUGGUCUGCAUUUUAAAAAUUAUUUAUGGUUUUAAUCUAAGAGAUGGUCAUGGUGUCUUACAGCAGCUGAGCAAGUUGAGGAGUGACUUGCUCACACUCUGGAUUUCCACAUGAAACAGGAGAGCUCUGACCUUAUCUCUGUCUUGUGUACUCUUGUCUUGGCAACAAGCAUACAAAAGAUAAACCUCCUCUUCUCUG